AUGGCGUACGAUGAUAUUGCUUACAACCCCGCGAACCCAUAUCCUGGCGAGGUAUUCAAUAGGCCGUUUGGACCAAAUGUUUAUCCUGGUGUCGUUAUUGACUAUAAAGGCGAUGAUGUUACACCCAGUAAUGUGAUUGCUGUCUUAACUGGUAACUCGAGUGCAGUAAAGGGUGGCAAUGGUCGAGUGGUGGAAAGCACAGUCGAGGACAACAUCUUCGUGUAUUUCGCUGAUCAUGGUGCUACGGGCAUAAUUGCUAUAAUCGAUGACGAGCUAACCGCUAAACAACUCAAUGAUGCUCUUCGAACAAUGCAUGCGCGAAAGCGAUAUCAUCAGACUGUGCUGUAUAUCGAAGCAUGCGAAAGUGGUUCCAUGUUUGACGGCUUACUUCGCGAUAACAUCAAUGGUACAACAUUUUCUUUCUUUAUUUUCAGAAUGCACCUACUUCACAUGCUUAUUCUUUCACAUUCACAUUUUAUUCAGUUGCCAAGCAGGACACAUUUAUGCUUAUAA